CCCUCAGACCCCGCUGGGGCAGCUGGGAGGGUCCCACCGGAGUAGCUGCUGCGGAUGGGUCGCACCGGCCAUCGCAGGGGUGCGUUUGGAAAAAGCAGCUCUUUGAGCAGGCGGGAGUUGGUUUGGUGUUCCCCUCCCCCCUUAAAGUGAUGGUUGGGUUUAAAGCCCCUUUGCAGCCUGACCCCGGAGCUGAGGUGUGUGGGAAGAGGUUUAUUUCCACCUGAGGCUGGACAGUGAGACCACGGACUCUGUGGCACCGUUUACGAAGGAAACAGAGUUUGAUGUGCUUCUGGUGGUACUGGCAGAAGGAAAAGAGAGAGCCCUAUGUGAAAUUUAUGGAGGCAAAUUACCCACCGGGGUUCAACUAUGAAGAUUUUGGGCCACUGUUUACAGCAGAAUUCUUUGAUUCCAACCAAUGGGCAGAUAUUCUGAAGGCUUCAGGUGCAAAAUAUGUUGUCUUAACUUCAAAACAUCAUGAAGGCUUUACUUUGUGGGGGUCCAAGUAUUCUUGGAACUGGAAUGCUGUUGAUGUGGGACCAAAACGAGAUCUUGUGGCUGAACUAGCAACAUCUGUUAGAAACAGGACUGACUUGCAUUUUGGGUUGUAUCAUUCCCUGUUUGAAUGGUUUAAUCCUCUCUUCCUUGAGGAUGCCACCAAUGUCUUUAAGACAAGAAAGUUUCCAACCAGCAAAUCAUUACCAGAACUCUAUGAAAUUGUGAACAAGUAUCAACCAGAAAUAAUUUGGUCUGAUGGGAAUGGAAAUGCACCAGAUACUUACUGGAACAGCACUGGUUUCUUGGCUUGGCUGUAUAAUGACAGUCCAGUCAGAGACACAGUUGUGACCAAUGACCGCUGGGGAGUUGGCAGCAUCUGUACACAUGGUGGCUUCUACACUUGUAGCGACCGGUAUAAUCCUGGCCACCUCCUGCCUCACAAGUGGGAGAACUGUAUGACUAUUGACAGGAGGUCAUGGGGCUACAGGAGGAACACCCAGCUUGAUGAUUAUCUCACAAUUGAGGACCUGGUGAAGCAACUUGUAGAAACAGUGUCUUGUGGAGGAAAUCUCUUGAUGAAUAUCGGGCCCACUCACGAUGGUCGCAUCGCUGUUGUAUUUGAGGAACGCCUGAGGCAGAUGGGUGCCUGGCUGAAAGUCAACGGGGAAGCCAUCUAUGGAACGAAACCAUGGAGAGCACAGAACGACACGGUCACACCAGAUGUGUGGUACACUUUCAUCCCUAAAGAAGGCAAAGUCAAUGCUAUCUUCCUUAACUGGCCAGUUUCCGGGACUCUGGUACUUGGUGAGCCACAGGCUAAGCUUGGAGAAACACAGGUGGAGCUAGUUGGCUACAAGGAACCGCUGAAAUGGGUUGCACUGGGAGAAAAGGGAAUCGUCAUAGCUCUACCUCAGUUAACUCCUAAGCAAAUGCCAUGUCAGUGGGGCUGGACUUUACAAAUGACCGACAUAAACUGAGCCACACCCUGCUGGAGCCUUGGCUAGGAGGGAAUGCUGAUGCUUUGCUCAGUUUCUCAUCACUGGUUUCUAACUCUUACUUGUUUGACCGAGAAACAUCAAUAAUUUCACUUUUUUAUGAAAGGUGGGUGGUUGUUAAAGGAUGGAAUGGAAUGAAGCUCACGUGAAAUCUAGCACUAGAUAGUUGAAUCUCUGCAUACUAUUUGUUUCUUUGAAACUGUAAAAUCCUUUGCAUCUACCUUGCCUCUCCACUUUUUUUAGUCAGUUUCUUGCCAAAUUAUGUGAAGGAACAGGGAGAGAAAACCACAGGGAGUGGAUUUUUAAAGCCAUAAGAAAGAACAAAGCCAGCUCAAGCCAGCAUUCAAAUGCACAUAAAUCAGUUGUAUACCUUCUUUAAUGCAAGGAAUUUAACUUCCACAAAACUGUACAGUAAAAACUGAGAAUAAACUUGUUGCACACAACUGGAAAAACUAUCAGGUGGUAAUUUCAGCUGCAUAGGGUAAUGCAUCUGUAAGAACAGUCCUCUGAGGGUUAGGAAUUAAUCACAAAUGCAUGUGCAUCUUCAUUUCUUAUCCUGAAAAUUAAUAAUUUUACAUGUUCCUACUCUUGAGUAAUUCUAUCCAUUAUUGGGACACAAGUAAAGUGGGAGGGGUUCUUGCUGUCUUGUAUAAUUUUACAUGGUUAAAGCUGACUCUUGUUUGCAGCCACUGUUUUUACAGUUACCAGGGUGCCUUCUGUGGACUAUUAAACAAAACAUAUAUUCACUGACCAACUUUUUUUUUAAAAAUAAGAAAUAAUUAGGAGUUGCUAAGGAUCUUCAACUUUGGCAGAGACACAACAUUUUAAGCAGAGGGUAGAUUGCAUCCAGCUUGAGAAAUUCCCAAACUCAUCGUGUCAGGAUGUUAAGGGACAGUAUAAAAUUUGCAAAGAGGGGGAGGUAGAGGACAACAAAAACCAUUAGUGUUUAUACUGAAACAAUUAAAGGUUUAUUUUUCCUGAGUAACACUAAGAAGUGCAAAACUAUUGCUGUGUAAGCUAAAUUUACUCUUUCAGCUAUGUCAGAAUUAAGUGAUAGGCCCAAUGAAGUUAUUGCCUUUCCUGCUAGUAAUGUUAAUACACAAACAAUUUUACAUUAAAAUAUUUUAUUACAAUACAGACAACUGGGCUCAAAAUUAAUACAAAUUAAGAUAAAAUAUUUACAAGUUAAUGUGUACAGUGUAGCUGUUUGAACAGCAUAAAUGAGAACUUCUAAAAAUCCACAUUCCUUUAGUAUUAAGUAACAGAGCACUCCCCCAGCUUGUUCAAGAGGAACAUGCAUCAGUUGGCAAAGGCUUUCUGAAAAAUGAGAGACUCUUUGAAAUAAGAUUUGUAAAAUUAAGGAAG